UUUAAGGGUCAUGAUAAAGGACACAUUGCAUAGACAUUAAAUUCAUGCUUUACGAGAUAUUUAUUGGCGUCAAAAUCCCUUGAUUAAUCUCGCGCACUUAGACGCGUCGCGACUUACACAGCAGAUAACGCUCGACCGUCUAAACUUCGAAUCAUAUACAUAUGUAUUUAUGUAUUAAUUUAGUUGGACACAUGUAUUUGAAUGUAGUUCGGAUAGUGUGGAGUAGAAUAGAGUAGCCUGAGGAAAGCACAGGAAGGCUGGGUUGCAGUGCGCCGGCGGCGGCGGCGCGGCCGCGGGGCGAGCCGCCAUUCGUGUGCGCGCCGCCGACCACGUCGUGCCUCCGCGCCCCCGUAACCGUUCUCAAUUCAAAUUACAAUAUUCGGUUAGUGCCUGCGUAACGAACUUUUAAAGGAUUUCUCUGUGCACGUGAUAUUUCUGUGGUGCUUCUUCAACAGAUGUCAGUCAGCACCUUGGGUAAUGGAUAGUCACAGUCGCUCCGCGUCGCCGGGCGCGCCGCCGCGGCCGCAGCACCGGCCGCCAUCGCCGCCCACGCCGCCGACGCCCGGCGUCGACAACCGCGCCUUCCAGCCCGACGACCCCAACCACAACGACUCCUUCGCCUCGCACCACACGCACAACGGACACACCAAGGAACACAACGGCGACACCAAAACCUUGGAGGCGGUCAACUUGGAGCUCAUCAAUUUGCAACCACGAAAUGGGAACACGAAAAAGAAAGACGUUGAAGUAGACAUGAAUGUAACUAACCCGUAUGAUGAAUAUUUUGUACCGGUCAACGAGCACAGGAAAUAUAUGAGAGGGGAGAAGCUGUACGUGACAGCGGACAAGCGCGGCGAGAAGGGCGGCUGCAGGCGGCCGCUGUGCUGGACGCUGCUCGGCCUCGUGCUGGCCGCCGUCGUCGCGCUCAUCGCGCUCGCCGCCACGGGAGUUUUAUUCACGAAUUCUCCGACUCCAGUGGAACAGUACAACGCAUCCGUCAGCUCAGCGCGGGCGCUCGGCGGCAUCGGGCAGGCGGGCCACGGCGGCCACGGCAGCCACGGCGGCCACGACCACCACCAUCAUCACGAACACGACCACUCACAUCACGAUGACAGCCCUCUGGACACAGAUAAUCUUGAUGAACCACAAGUUGCCAAUGAUGAUACAACCACUCGCGGAAGUGAUGAGGAUUAUGACCAACCCAAUGUCGAUAAUAAUUAUGAUUUUUCAAUGUAUGUACCUAAAGUAAUAGAAGGCGAAUUAAAAAUAGACAAUGAAGAAUUGCCAGCUGCGCUUGACGAUCCUGCAAGUAACGAGUACAAACAAUUUACAGAAGAUUUCACCCAGGCGCUAAAAGAAGCCCUAUUUGGCGUGGACAUAAUGAACGAUAACGGCAAUGAUGUUUUAGUAGAAUUUAUCAAGCCCAGGAAAGAGGUGGGCAUCGUAAUGUACAGAAUACACUCCAAAUCUGCACUUAAUAACGAGUUAAACCCUAAUGAAGUAAAGGCUGACUUGGAAAAAUAUCUGGAUAGACACAAUAGGAUGAUAAGCCUUUAUCAUGUUGCCAUAGACGGAGUAAAAGCAAGGAGAGUUUUAGACAUAUGUCAAAUAAAUAAAAACAAUUGUGAAUACGGUUGCGAGUUCGAUGAAAAUACCUUAGAUUUUACAUGCAUUUGUCCACAAAAUCAAAUUCCUGAUAUCACUAACCCUCACAGAUGUGUACCUAAUUCAGCGGAUGACAGUUAUAAGCCAAACAAUGCUUUCGCAAAUUCGGAUUCAGAUCACACUAAUACCAACAUCAACAUAGAAAACAGUGUACAUAAUACACAGAAUUCAGAUGACAAUGUUUUCGACUGGAAAGAAACUCAUACUAUGGUAUUAGAAACGACCACAGCAACAGACCCAGAUCUUAAAUUUUCGCACAUAUUUGGUCAUGAAAACAACGCCGAUGAUGAACAAAAAACUAUGAAUAUGGAUUCUAAUAAUGAAAGUAAAUACAGAAGCACAUCUAUCAUCCAAGCAGAACCGGAACCUUCAUCAGAACCUGAACCAGAACCAACUUCUGAACCAGAACCGACUUCUGAACCGUCACCUGAAAUAACUUCUGAACCGUCGCCCAUACCGUCUUCUGCAUCAUCGCCUGAACCCUCACCCGAACCAUCUUCUGAACCAACGCCUGGGCCGUCGUCCGGUCCAUCUUCUGAACCAUCGUCUGAACCUUCUCCUGAACCAUCACCAGAACCAUCUUCUGAACCAUCGCCUGAACCAUCUGCAGAGCCAGAAGGGGAACCCUCUUCUGAAUCCGAGUCCGAAUCUUCUGCAGAACCAGAGGCCAAGCAACAUUUGGAGUUAAACCCUACACUAUUGUCAGAACCAGAAAUUGAGUCCACUUCGACCCCGGUAACUCCACCAGCAUCUGAAACAAAAUCAGAAAUUGAAACGAAACCUACGUCUGAGUUGGAAACGCAUGCUUCCUCUGAACCAGAAUUAUCAAAACCAGAAGGAAGCCCUCAGCCUAAAGCAGUGGUAGAACAAGAAACUCAUCCAGACUCAGAUCUUAAUAGCACAUCGUUACAUUCAGAAGAAGUACAUAUCUCUGUAUUAACGACAACUCCACAACCAAUAACAGUACUUAAACUAGGCACUAAACAUUCUGAACUAAAAAAUGAAUACGACACAGUAACAGACAUUAGUAACAGUAUGCCUGAUCUCGGAACAGAAUCUAAAAUAGACUCUAAUUCCAUAACUGAACCAAACCAUAUCCUAAAACAGGGAUCAACUGAAGAGUCUGCAAUACAGGAAGAUAUUGUAUCUAAUCCCACAACGCAAAUAUCAGAUUACAAUCCAAUUGUUACAUCUAAGUCACAACUACAAGACCAAACUACGACAACGGAAAACACAGAAGAAAUUGCUACUGAAUUAACAGUUAACCCUAAUAUGAUAUAUGAGUCUAAGGCGAAAUUAAAUGACGUGGAAAGAAGCACAGAAAACAAUUUUGAAAAGGAAUCUGAUACAGAACCUACGAAUAACGGUGAACGUACUGAUGAAUACACUGAUGUCACAAACGUGCCAUUAUCCAAUGAUUCAGAAGUGAACGUUGUUACAACUUCAGAACCAUCGUUAGAAGCUAAUUCAGAACGUACAGUUUCGAAAAAUGACGGACUACGAGAAAAUAACUUACAUUUCCUGAAUCCAAAUGGUGACAAUGACUGGCUUCAGUAUGAUAACAAUAAAACUAUUGAAAAUGACAACUCAAAAGAUGAUGAGACUGAAAGAAUACAUUUUACUAACUUAGUCGCUACCAACCGUCCUAAUGUAACCGAAGACGAGCUGUCAUUCGAAUUUAUAGCAAAGACUAAUGAAGUUCCAAACGAAACGGAUGACGCGGAAACAAAAACUACACUAGCCCCCGUUACGACCACUAACACUGAAAAUACUACUGCUUUUAACUCCAACCAAUCGUCUACUAACCAAAUUUAUGGUACAUCUGAGAGUAAAAACCAGGCCGAUAAUCACCACCACCCAGUAACAGAAUCUUCAAACAAAGAAAUAUUGCUUACAAAAAAGGAAGAUAAUAUAGAAAAAGAGCAUCUCGUUAAAUCUCUUGACAAAAAAGUUGCACAUGAUUCUCAGACAAAUGGAGAAGAAACAUCAAAUGAACCUUCCGAUAUUUCAUUUGAUUAUAUUAUUAACCGUUCAUCAAAGUUUAUUGAAAAACAAAACAAUACAGCUAUAGAAAAUAUGACAUUAAAACCAACUGUUGAUCAUAGUACUGCUACAAACGAUUCUGAUUGGGUACCUGUAUCAGUAAGUGAAACCAAUUACGCAAAUACAUUUAAUAAAAUCCCGGAAGGUGUUGAAACUACAACGGUGAAUGAUUUAGAAGAUAUGAUAAAUCCGGGGAUGUCAAACGAAGAUUUUGAGCCAGAUUAUUUAAAUAAUAUGGAUAAAACGACCACUAAAGCACCAGAACAGUAUGUACCUAUGUAUAUUUCUCAUGAUUAUGACAAUGAAGAGUUACGUGUAAAACGAGUUAACACAGAGGCAAAAAAUGUUACGAACGUUCUGGCUUCCACAGAACCGAAAGAAAUUUCAAAAACGAACGAACAAAGUGAUACGCUACUGUUAGCGAAUAUAUUUACAAAACAACUGAACAAUCUCUCGUAAGUGACAGUGACAACAUAACAAGUAACGCCAAAUAUAUUAACGAAACUGAACCGGCCCCCGUUUGGGAGGAAUCCGAUAAUGAUAUACACUUACUUAACAUAGAAUCUAAAGAAAAUAAUACAUUACACACCAUUAACCAGACAACUAUGAACAUAAGUGCAGAAACCAUACCAGCGAACACAACACCCACCAAUAAUUUCAAUGUUACGAUAUACGAAAUAUCAGCCCUUGACAAUAACACAUUCCCAGCGACAAAACACACGAACUCCCAUUCUUCGGAGUACGAUGACCAUGAAACAGAAAUGAACCCUUUUUUACCUGAAGUAGAAAAUAAUAAAAGCCUCGUUAAAAAACUACAAGAAGGACACGAUUUAGAGCCAGCUAACCUCAAUGACAAACAAAAUGAGAAUAUUGAUGAUCAUUCAAUAACAACUGAACGACAAACAAAUACGAAAAGCAAUUCCAGCGAGAACUUAAAUAUAAUGAAUAACGAAUACACAACUGUCGAACCUGAAAUAACGUCCGUCAAUAGUAGUAUUCUACAGUUAAAUUCUAGUAUCACAUUAGACGUUACAAAUGAAACUAAUCUACUUAGUCAUAAAAGUGUAUUUGACAAAUCUGGUAGCCAAAAGGAAAAUAUUCAACCUAUUUCAACAUUCCUAAUUGAUACAGACGACUUAGGCAAGGAACGCACUACUGUUUCUAGUCCUAUUAUGGUAAAAAAUAUUUUAGAAAAUGAUGCACCUAGUCUAGUGCCAGAAAAAAGAAAAUCUAAUUUAAGCCCAAAAAAUAAUGCAGAUGACAACAAUAACAGGGAGUUAUUAAGUGUCCUUCCUCUUCAUAACCAAGAGGAAGCAAAAGUGCCAGAGAAAAACUUUAAAAGUGAAAACAUACUGGAGCUUAAUGACAUAAGGACAUUAGAUUUAACCAAAUAGUUAACAUACUCAAGUACGCUAUACAAGCGAAUCGGUGCCCGUUGACAUAUUUAGGUACAUAGAUAUAGUUGCUUAUUGACCAUAAAUGUCAAAUGGUUCAUGGAUACUACACGAGUUACUCUUGUUUAUCUAAAACAAAACAUAAUAAGGUCCUGUUACGAUUUGUACAUUACGAUACAAGUGCGUAAAAAAGGAAGUCCGAAACGAGUGGCGAUAAAUUAAGACACGACUGAAGGGAGUUUCAGGUCGAAACU